AGGCUUUGGGUACCGCCAGAACCUGCUGCGUUUAAUGCCUUUUGUGCCUCAGGACAAUGAUUCGUGGCACCAACAUCCGGUGAAAAUGAACCCCACAUCUUUUCUCUUAUCUUGUCGCACUUCCCCCACUCCAGAGCAAAAGGCAAGUUAAAGCAGGAGCCAUGAGCUGCCAGAUGGUAUGGCAUCGCUUAUAGACAGAUAGAUAGAAGCAAAAGAAGGACCAUGAACUAACUCGAGGAAACAGAUACCGUCGCAAACGUCUUCUGAUGAAGAGUCAAUUCGAUAGACCUGCAAACCAUCAAAACAUUCACGUUCACAAUUCACAAUCAUGCCGAGCGACGAAGCCAGCGUCCAGUCCGAAAAGACCCACGAAGGAGAGCAUCAUGGGGAUUAUUCUUCCGACAUUCCUAUAUCAAGCUCGGUGUACCUCUACACGUUCUGCGCCUCUGUAAACUCUUGCAACUUAGGUUACGACAUUGGCGUGUCAACCAACCUCGGGCCUCUGAUACAGGCCGACUUUGAUCUGACAGAUUUGGAACGUGAGCUCUUGAUUGGAAGCUUGAACUUCAUGGCAAUGUGGGGAGCAUUGAUGUCUCAGUACUUUAGUGAUAGGUUUGGAAGAAGAAUGACGUUUAUCGUGGCCUCGUUUGGAUUCCUGAACGGCCUGAUAAUCAUGGCGAUCGGCCAAACCUACGGCCAGAUAUUGGCCGGAAGAAUACUGGUGGGCAUCGGCUGUGGUGUUGGAUUUGCGGUCGACCCGCUUUACAUCUCCGAGAUCGCCCCCGCGAAGCACCGCGGGGAGCUGGUUACGUGGUCUGAUAUAGGCAUCAACGUUGGCGUCGUUCUAGGAUUCUCGACGGGUCUAUUGUUCGAUGGUAUGCCAGACGGAGACGCUUGGCGUGCAAUGUGCAUGUUGGGCCUGAUAUUUCCUGUCACAAUCAUGUUUUUGACGGUUGGGAUUCUUCCGGAGACACCGCGAUGGUUCGUCCUAAAUGGGUUGGACAACGAUGCACGCUUGGUACUGCAAGACAUCUAUCCGGCAGACUUCAAUGUUGAUUUGGUGAUAGAUGACAUCAAAGAAGCUUUGGAACGAGAACGACUGGCCGAGCAAUCCGUUGGGUGGUCUGUUUUUUGGAGACCAAGCCCCGCAAUAAGCAGAAUGCUCCUUUUAGGACUGCUGGUGCCAGUAGCUCAACAAACAGCAGGGAUUGACGCUAUCCAGUAUUACCUCUUGGAUGUUAUGGAUGAAUCGGGUGUCAUGACGAAAACGUCACAAAAGAUUUUUCUCAUUGUCUUGGGUCUCGUCAAACUGGUCUGCAUCAUGAUCAGCUCACAACUGCUGGAUCGAAUGGGAAGAAGGUUUACGUUUUUUCUUUCGCUGACUGGACUUAUCAUUUCCCUGGUAACUGUGAGCAUUUCGUUUGGCAUCAAAUCACAGGCCGGUGCUUACAUUGAACUGGGGGCCCUUUCCUUGUACCUGGCAUCCUAUGGACUAGGUCUUGGUCCGGCUGGGUGGCUUUUGCCUUCUGAAAUAUUUGCAACGUGCAUCAGAGCCAAAGGAGUGAGCGUUGCUACCUUCCUCAACAGGCUUGCCGCAACAAUCACGGUUUCAAGCUUUCUAUCCAUCAAAAACACGAUCACUUGGCCGGUGUUCUUUUUGAUUUUGGCCGGGUUUUGCUUGUUCACUUUGAUCAUGCUUUAUCUGUAUCUACCAGAAACAAAGGGCCGAUCAUUGGAAGAUAUGACACUGUACUUUGCAGAAGAAACUGGAGAUUUUAGCAUCCUGGAUGCCGAACGAAAGUUGCGAGUGGAGACGGAGCUAGAAAAAAUGGAGAAAUCUGGCAAAUCAAAGAAGGAUGGAAGAAGGCUCAUGAAAGAUGAAACGACAAGGACAGCCGCCAUGACUUCUACCAGAACAUUUGCUGAGACGGAGGCUUCCAGGACAGAGAUGGACCCCUCUUCUAGAUCCUUUGGAGCGCGCCAGCUGGACCCCACAUCUGACAACUGAACUAGUCUAAUGCCUUAGAUUGCAAUUAGCCAUUGUUACUAGCUUAUCCAGCUAUUGCAAUGAGCCAUUGUGACUAUCUUGUCAGCUGGAUGCAUUGACCCCAGCAGUGCCAACGCAAAGCAAUCUAAUGUAACUUGUUCCUUUCUGCAAAUCUAAUGUUCUCCAAGCAAGGCUUUGUGUUGGGAUGAUCCAACCCAAAUCUUGGCUCUAGCACAGCCAAUGCUUCUGAAAUCUAACAAUUCACUAUCAUAGUUAAGCCAUUUGACAAAAGCAAACCACCAUGUUGUUGUAAGUGGAAGCAGUGUUGGGAUGGUUCUUACCUAGCGCAGACUCUUUUAUGGCGCAAGCGUCCUGAUGCAUUUUCAAAGCAUGGGUAUAGUCUCCCUUGUC